AGAGAAGACGGGCAGUUACACCCCCAAAACAAAGAGAGAAACGCACCAACGCCCCGUUGAAUAUGGAGAAGAAGAAGAAGAAACUUCAGCAGCUUCAAAUCUGUCGUUCACGCAAACGAGAAUUUAGAUAUUAAGAUCGAUACACCUGUCUUUGGAGAGCAGGGACGGCAGAGAUAGACGACGAAGAUUGCCCGUUUGCCUCAUUCUUCGGCUGGGGAAAAUGGGGCAGUACGGCGGGGAUGGCCGGAAUGAUGGGCAUGAUAAUAGUGCUGAUGAUAAGAUGAUGGCGACGGCGAGGAAGAGGCAAGUUUUGGAGGAGGCCGUGGUGAUCGGGGGGUUGGUGGGGAUACAGUUCGUGUACGCGGGCAACUCGGUGCUAUUGAGCUACCUCAUGUCGCUCGGCCUCAACCCCCUCACCCUCGUCGUCUUCUCCGCCUUUGCCACCUUCCUCAUCCUAUCGCCCUUUGCCAUCCUCUUCGAGAGGAGCUUGUGGCCCAAGAAAUUCAGUUUAAAAUUGAUGGUGCAGCUAAUUUUAAUCUCCUUUGGAGGGGUAACAAUGUUCCAGACACUAUUCCUGAAAGGAAUCAAAUUAACAUCGCCAGCAAUGGGCACGGCCAUGCCAAACCUAGCUCCGGGCCUCAUCUUUGUCAUUGCUUGGGCAGUUAGAUUUGAGAAGGUAAAGAUAAGUUGCUUGUACAGCAAGGUAAAGAUAGUAGGGACGUUGCUAUGUGUCGUAGGCGCUCUUGCGUUGAGCCUGAUACACAGCACCACCACCAAAGAAGCUCAGCUGACUUCUUCUUCUUCUUCUCCCGCUGAUACAAUCUUCGAUAAGCAAAAGAUUAUCGGCUGCUUAUACCUCAUGGCCGCUGUCUUCAUCCUCUCCAGCAAUGUCGUCUUACAGGCCUCAGCCUUGGGUGAUUUCCCGGCGCCAAUAUCCCUGUGUGCCAUAACGUCGUUGAUUGGUGUGUUCACAACUGCGGGCGUUCAGUUGCUGGAAGACCACAGAUUUGAUUUGAACUGGUCAAUCAUGAGCUUCGGAAAUCUGGUUGGCUUUUCGGUGCUGGCAGGUGCAAUAAGUGGAUCAUGUGUAAGCUUCUCCGGAUGGGCGAUGAAGAAGCGAGGACCAGUGCUCGUCUCCAUGUUCAGCCCAAUUGCAACUGUCUGUUCUGUCGUCCUCUCGGUUUUCAGCUUAGGGGAAACCAUCAAGUUAGGAAGCCUCGCCAGUAUGUUCAUCAUGUUCACCGGUCUCUACUUCGUGCUAUGGGCUAAAGGGAAAGAAGGCCUGACAGAGAGUGAUGGGAUGGAAAGUGAACACGAUGCUGAGAAGCCUCUUUUACGUUGAUUCAACAGCGCAUUGCCAGCAACAUACACUUUCUCGUCAUCAGACUGAAGGAAAGAACUUAGAUAUAAGAUUUAUAUCCGGUGUUGAUCGAUGAACGAUAAUGAACGGAUACGCGUAUGUUUGAUAACAGGGGAGAAAGCAGAAUUUGGGUGGAAACUGCUAGCUUUGGUGUAUUGUACAUAAGCUUUCUUGCAUCGACUUUUUUUGCAGAAAUAAUUUCUGUUUCGGUUUGCGAAUGGAUUCUAGUUCUUCAGUUCGGCAUCGUACAUUACUAUGGGCAACAAACUUCUAUUCGGUGAAA